UGUAUGUGUGCCAGUCGAGAUUUUAGUAUUGAUUUUGCCUAAUUACUAUUAUUGAGGUUUCAAUUGCUUGGGCGUUAUAGUCGUUGUGGAAUCCUAAAUCGUUCUGAGCAUUCUGGCUUUGCUGAUUUUCAGCAAUCCCCAAAUUUGAAAAUAAAUUAGGGCUAGGGUUUCGUGUAUUUCGUUUUGGAUUGAUAUCUUGGGAGAAAUAAGAAUGGCUCAAGCUGUGGAAGAAUGGUACAAGCAGAUGCCGAUCAUCACGCGUUCGUAUCUCACUGCAGCCAUUGUCACCACCAUUGGCUGCUCUCUCGAUAUUAUCACUCCAUAUGAUUUGUAUUUGAAUCCGAAGCUCGUUGUCAAGCAAUACCAGGUCUGGCGCGUUAUUACCAACUUCUUGUACUUCAGGAAGAUGGACUUGGAUUUCUUGUUUCACAUGUUCUUUCUUGCUCGUUAUUGCAAGCUUCUUGAAGAGAAUACUUUUCGUGGGAGGACUGCAGAUUUCUUCUAUAUGCUGUUGUUUGGCGCUACCGUUUUGACCGGCAUUGUACUUGUUGGAGGGAUGAUUCCUUAUGUAUCUGAGUCGUUUGCAAAGAUUAUAUUCCUCAGCAAUUCACUCACGUUUAUGAUGGUUUAUGUGUGGAGCAAGCAGAACCCAUUCAUCCACAUGAGCUUUUUGGGUCUGUUUACUUUCACAGCUGGAUAUUUGCCAUGGGUUCUUCUUGGUUUUUCCGUACUUGUCGGUGCUAGCGCAUGGGUUGACCUUCUGGGAAUGAUAGCCGGCCACGCCUACUAUUUUCUUGAAGAUGUAUACCCACGAAUGACUGGUCGGAGACCCCUGAAAACCCCGGCAUUCAUUCGAUCAUUAUUUGCUGAUGAGCCAGUUGUUGCAGCCAGGCCUGCAAACGUCCGAUUUGCUGCUCCGCCAGUGGAUGAACAAUAGAAUUUGAUUAGUUCUUCAGGUAUCUGCUCCGGCAAACUCUCGGAAACCUGGACAAGACAAGAAUGAAUAUGUUUAAAUCGGUCGUCGUCUUCGACCGUUGCA